GACACUAUCAGUCCAUUUAUACUUCGCCGUUUGAAAAAUAAUGUCCAGAAAACGCUUGAUUUACCGGAGAAGAAUGAAAAGGUGCUGUUCUGUGAAAUAACUGAUGACCAGCGUCGUUUAUAUCGGGACUACCUCACUUCACGUGAAUGUGCUGGUAUUUUCAAAGGACGAGUUGAUGCAUUUGUAGGCUUGACUACUCUGCGUAAGCUCUGCAAUCAUCCCGACCUGGUCAAUGGUGGACCGAAUCGCCAUCAUGAAUUUGAUGAAACGGAAGACAAGACGAAAGCCUAUGGUUACUAUCGGAGGAGUGGUAAAAUGCGUGUGUUGUCGAAACUGUGCGACACUGUUUGA